UAAAAUUGAAUCAGUAAGAAUGAAUGAUACUCGAAUUGUGCAUAUUGAUGCACGAAAAGAAAUCGAGCAAUUAUAUGUUGCAAACUUGCAGUUCUGCGUUACUGUUCUGUUUUGGACAUCGAAUAGCUCCUCGUAACCACAAUUUCUAAAGACUAAUACUCCGUUUCACAAUUUCAUGUUUAUGCAGAGACAUGAUUCAGUCUAAGCAUCAGUCACCUUCGAAGCUAGAUGCAGUUGUCGACUCUGAAUCUUUAGAUCGGAUCAGUGGAUUACCUGACAAACUCCUGUGUCAUAUCUUGGCAUUUCUGCCAACAAGAAGUGCUGUAGCUACUACUGUAUUAUCCAAGAGAUGGAAUCUUGUUUGGAUAAAUGUUCCAGUCCUCGAUUUCACUGAGCUGCCAUCUCCAAUGAUAAACUCGGACAAGGCAGACAUUAUCUUCAACAAAGAGCAGUAUAUUAGUUUUAAAGACUAUGUGAACAGGAUUUUACUCCUUAACGGUGCCCCGUGUAUAGAACGUGUCCACUUUGAGAUCUAUGAGGGGUUUGCUCGUUCACACUUAAAGGAAUGGAUAUUAGUUUUAGCUAGGCGCUAUGUUCAGGAGUUUUUUCUUACUUCUAAACAUCUCGUGGUUGAGUUAAGUUCAUCCUUUUUACUUGCUAAAGAGAAGCUUGUUGUCUUAAAUCUAGAAGGCUACAUUGAGCUCUCCUUACCGUCUUCAGUUCAUCUUCCCUGCCUUCAGUACCUUUCUCUUACGAACAUCAUGUUUGUAGAUGAGCAUGAUCCUUUGACUAGCAUCUUAUCCGGUUGUCCCGUCCUUGAAACGCUGAAUAUUGAUCGUUGUAAGGGACCUGAAAAGUUUUCAGUGUCAUCUUCUUCAGUUAAAACACUAAGAAUUUUAUCAGUGAAUCACAAAAAAGAAGCAAUCCUCAUUAAAGCACCAAAUCUGGAAGUCCUUCACCUAUCGAUUGGGAUCAAGCAAUCUGUGAUGGAUGAUCUACCAUCGCUGGUUGAAGCAAGACUUGAUAUUUGGACUUCAAGUGUCAGAUGGAUUAAGCUUCUACAGAGAAUUUGUAACACAAAGACUUUGGUUCUAUAUCGGAUCAUUCUAGAUGGAUCUAGUGCUCUUAUCAAGAUGCCGACUUUCCAAAAUCUGACAUGCUUGGAAGUAGGACUUACUGCCUGGUCGAUUGUGCUACAAAUCCUUAGACAUGCUCCUAAUCUUGCAUCGUUCAUUAUACACAAGUUGAUGUUUGAUUGGCCUGAUAUCAAGCCAGAAAGAAAGGGGCUACGCCUUGAACGAAUUGAAUAUUAUAGCUUUGAUGUGGAUGAAGGUUUUAAAGUGGUAACAUAUUUCUUACGCAGCAGCAUGCUACUCAAGGAGUUCAAAAUCUAUACAAGGAAAUCACUAGAUUCAGUGACAGAGAAUGACAUUCUAAAAGUGCUGUUGAAGGUCCCUAGGGCCUCAAAUCAAUGUGAAAUCACUGUUGUCAAUGAAGACUUUAACUGUCAGUCCGAGGACAGCGACAUUGAAUUGGAGUCAGACAGCGAAUCAGAGUACGCAGACUCAAGUUCUGAUGAUUAAGGUAGCCAAUGAGGAUUCAUACAUUUGACAUUUAUGCAUUGUCACAACUCACAAGGGUAUAAAACUUCAGCUGACCGAUGAAAGCUGCUGAAUUUGCAAAUUUUAAUCAGUAUUUGAAGACAGUCCUUUCCAGAAGUUCAUUAGGUGUUCACCUAAUUUUUAACCAGCAAGAGUUUUCUUUCUGAAAAUUCGGGAUUCUGCCUUCCUGUUGCAUAGGAACUGAAGAUCACUGCUGUAUGCUGACUGGUAGUGUCUGUCAAAACAUUAGUAAUAAUGUAACAUGGUUUUACUCUUGUCUGGUUUUACUCUUCU